CAGAGAGAAUUUGCAGAAGCUCAUUAGACGGUGGACGUUGCAGCGGAAGCUGCUGAGGUCUGUGGUUUCGCGUCGUCGUCGUCGUUCCUCCUCCGGCUGCUGCUUCACUUCACUUUGGCUCUGAACCGGUCGCAGCCGCUGUGACUCUCUCUCUCAGAUUCUCCAUCAUGCUCCAUCACUUUUUCCUCGCGAUCGGAGCAUUGGCCUCAUUGGCCGUACCCCCGCUGGUCGCCGUAGAGACCUGCCCGGCAACAGGGAUGCACGGGAUGCCAGGUUUGCCGGGGCUUCCUGGCAGAGACGGUCGUGAUGGAGUGAAGGGACAGAGAGGAGAUCCAGGAGCCGAGUGGCGAGGCGGCCACGGGCCCCAGAAGGGCGAGACGGGCGAACCGGGCCUGGAGGGGUUCCCUGGUAAACGAGGGCAGAGUGGGGAACCGGGGAAACCAGGGGCCCCCGGGAGGGAGGGCCCGCCUGGAGAGCCCGGAGAACAUGGGACGGUCGGUGUCCAGCAGGGGGCGGCCUUCAGCGUGGCCCGGGGAACCAACGAAUACCCGGAGAGAUCCAGCGUCAUCCGGUUCACCAUGGUCAUCACCAACGUCAACGGGGACUACGACACCGACACGGGACACUUCAGGUGUCGGGUCCCAGGGACGUACUACUUCGUGUUCCACGCCUCUAUAGAGGAUCGUCUGUGUGUCAUGCUGAAGCUGGACGGAACGCUGCUGACGUCGUUCUGCGAUCUGCGCCGCUCGAAGAGACAGAUGACGUCCGGCGGCCUGGCCGUCGCCAUGGCGAGGGACCAGGAGGUCUGGCUGGAGACGAAGGACUACCGAGGGAUGAGAGGGAAACCGAGCGGCUACAGCAUCUUCUCCGGCUUCCUGCUGCAUCCUCACUGACGCGGACGACGAGGAACGCGAGACAUCGGAUCCCUUUUCCCCGUCAGCGCUCCGAGGAAUCACGAAACGUUUCUGUUUUAAAUCGCGUUUGCCGGUUGCUUCUCGUUUUCACGUUUGAUUUUCCAGAAUUUCCUUCUUUUUUCUUUUUUUUUAUUAAGUUGUAUGAAUCAAAACACCAAUAAAAUUCUUACUGGUACUUAAAUGUUUGUUCUGUGUUUCACAAAAAAAACAUCUUGCAGAGUUUAAUUUAUUCUGUGAUUUUAUUAUGGUACAUUUUUGUCACUUUUCAGAAAGACGGGAUUUGUCUCCACCAGUGAUUUAUUUUUCAGCUUUGUGAUUUUCUUUGAAUCUGUGCGACGUACAGUUAAAUGUACCAUACAUACAGUAUCAUACAUCAGAUCCUAAUCACUGAGUGGAUUUAAUUUUCUCUUUCUGGCAACAAACACAGGAAAGCCCAAAUAAAGAGAUGAUAAAAUAACUGAA